UUUCUACACGAAACAAAUUACACAACACCUCCUACAUGUAUGUAUGUUUCUAUCAGCUCUAUUUAUUCCCCAUAACAAACUCGCACUUGUAAAAGCUAAACAAUUCACUACCAGUUUUUUAUCACUUCUUAUCUAUCCAAACACACCUCAUCUCUCUCGUCAACGAUCUCUCUCUUUCUCUCUCGCUAUGGCCGAUAUCACCGCCGAGACCUUCUCCUCCGUCGCCGUUCUCGACGGCGAGGACUCCGUCAGUUUCGGAUUCGAACGCCCGGAGAUGCACUCCGCCAAUCUCUCCGGCACCGUGCAGCCGCCGUACGAUCGCCACGUGUUUCUCUGUUACAGGACUUAUGAUGCUUGGCCUGCUCGUAUCGAAACUUCCGACGCAGAUCCGCUCCCUAAGCUCCUCGCUGAGACUUACAAAGCGAGAAAAAAUGAUGUUCAAGUCAAGACUCGGAUAACUGUAUGUGAAGGACGUGAUGGAACAGAGCUGGUGGACGGGGAUGUUUUGAUUUUCCCGGAUAUGAUCAAAUACAGGGGCUUGACAGAGACAGGAGUAGAAUCUUUUGUGGAGGACGUGCUUGUGAAUGGCAAGCCAUGGACUGCUGGAGUACAAGAGGUGUUGGCAGGUUCCCAUGUGUUUAUAUGUGCUCAUAACAGUAGAGACAGAAGGUGUGGUGUGUGCGGACCAGCUUUAAUAGAGAAGUUUAUAGAGGAGAUUAAACUUAAAGGAUUGAAGAAUCAGGUUAUGGUGAGUGCUUGCUCACAUAUUGGGGGACAUAAGUAUGCUGGAAACUUGAUAAUCUUCAGUGAGGAUUCAGAGGGGAAAGUCUCUGGUCAUUGGUAUGGUUAUGUUGCCCCAGAUGAUGUGCCUGAACUGCUAGAUCAACAUAUAGGGAAGGGUGAGAUAAUUGAAAGGAUUUGGAGGGGCCAAAUGGGGGGAAACGUCAAAGAAGCUGAAAAAGUUGAUGAACUGAAGCUUCCGAAUGGAAAUGAUACUGAGAAAGAAGCCGAAAAUGUUGAUGAACAGAAGUUCUCAAAUGCAAAUGAGCUGAAGAAUGAUAUUGAGAAAGAAGCUGAAAGUAUUGGAGAACAGAAGCUCUCAAAUGAAAACGACAUGAAGAAUGAUUUUGAGAAAGAAGCUGAAAAAGUUGAUGAGCAGAAGCUUCCUAAUGGAAAUGAAGCUAAGAAGGAGCCUCAGCCUCGAGAAAGCAGCCAAGAGGAGAAACCUACUGCUCAAAGCUGUUGCCAAGGUGAUGACAGGAUCUCAUGUUGCAGAGAGCAAACCGCUGAUGAAGAGCUGCCUUUGCAGAAAACAAAGACCAGCUGUUGCCAAAGUACCAAUGGGAACUCAUCAGGUAGCAAUGAAGUUCUGGAGAAAGAAGUCAAGAAGCCACUGGGAAGACUCAGAAGUUGGGCAGGAAAGUGGGAGCAGCAUGAAGUUUAUGCAGCUGCUGGUGUUGUUGGAGCAGUGGCGACUGCUGGUGUAGUUUAUAGCUUAUAUAGAAGGUCAAGGUGAAGUGGGAUCCUUAACAUCAACUCUGUUUGAUCGUGGCUGUGAUACCCUCCGUUUUUGUAGAGGUAUAAUAAUACCCGGAAACAUUCGAAACCAUGCAUCCCGUGGCAGAAUAGCAGUGAACAUGUUCACCAUACUUUGUGAGAAUGAACAUUUAAAUCUCACAUUUUAAUACAGAAUAAUCAUAGUAUUUGUAGUACUUUUAUGCA